CUAACCCUCGUUCUAUAAAUAGCACCCUUUCCGGGAGAGAGAGCUGAGGCAACCGAAGCGAUCGGCGUCGUUCGUUCUCGAAGACAGAGAUCUCUUUCCCUUCUCGUUCUUCCCUUCGGAGUAUAGUCGGUUGGACGACUUACUUUCCUUUUCUGCCCCGUCAAGUAUAUAAAGUGUUAAGCUUCCAGCUACUUUUAUGUCUGAGGACGUUCUUUCCUAUCUGGAAUCAACUGGGUUGCCAAAGUUGAGGGAAAAGUACAAGCGCCCUCAUCGACUUUUGUUUAGAGAACCUCGGUGGUUAUUGUGUCGCACUCAGUUGCCCCCUCUUUUCGACGGUGAUCCACUGAAAGUUGCUGGAUGAAAUUGCCCGUCUACUGAUUUCUGGCUUGUAGUAGACAUCUUUGGCAGAUUUAAGUAGGCAAAAAUGGCUUUACAGAACAUUGGUGCGGGGAACAGAGAUGAUGCUUUCUACCGUUACAAGAUGCCAAAGAUGAUUACCAAGAUUGAAGGCCGGGGAAAUGGCAUCAAGACCAACGUCGUCAACAUGGUGGAUAUAGCCAAGGCACUUGCCAGACCCGCCUCUUACACCACCAAGUACUUUGGGUGUGAGCUUGGGGCGCAAUCCAGAUUUGAUGAGAAGACGGGGGUUUCCCUUGUCAAUGGUGCACACGAUACUGCAAAACUCGCAGGACUUCUUGAGAAUUUUAUCAAGAAAUAUGUUCAGUGUUAUGGUUGUGGGAAUCCAGAAACCGAGAUCAUCAUCACCAAGACGCAGCUGAUCAAUUUGAAAUGCGCUGCUUGUGGGUUUGUGUCGGAUGUUGACAUGAGAGACAAGCUCACCACCUUCAUUCUGAAGAACCCCCCGACAAAGAAGGGAGGGAAGGACAAGAAAGCAAUGAGGAGGGCGGAGAAGGAGCGGCUGAAGGAAGGGGAGGCUGCAGAUGAGGAGCAGAAGGCAAAAAAAGAGGUUAAGAAAAAGGUGGCGGCAGCGACUAAGGCCUCUGUUGCAAAGAAGAAGGCUGCUAGUUCUGACGAGGAUCACGGUUCUCCUGCCGGAAGUAAUGCUGAUGAAGAGAAUGGGGAUGAUGAUGACGACGUUCAGUGGCAGACUGAUACCUCCCUGGAGGCUGCACGGCAGCGGAUCCAGGAGCAGCUUAGUGCUGUAACUGCUGAAAUGGUGAUGCUGAACACCGAGGAGUCAAAGAAGGAAAAACCGAAGCAUGCCAAGAAAUCCGAGGCACAGGCGGUAUCACCGGACAAAGGAAGUGAUAAUGGGAAUGGCACUGCAACUGCUCGUGAAUCAUUGGCUUCCCAGAUAAAGAGCAAGCUGAAGAAGGGCUGCACUUCAAGUCAGUUGAGCUCCUUCCUUGCAUCCCUUGCUGGCGACCAGCAGCAGAUCAUGAACGCUCUGUUCGAGGCCUUGUUCGAAGGUGCAGGCAAGGGUUUCGCCAAGGCAGUGAGCACGAAGAAGGCAUACCUUGCUGCUGUGACUGGAGAGGGUGGCUCGCAGCAGCUGAUGCUCCUCCGAGCAGUGGAGGAGUUCUGCAACAAAUUCAGCCCAGACGCGAUGAGGGAAGUAGCUCUGGUUCUGAAGGCGCUCUACGAUGACGAUGUGGUGGAGGAGGAGUGCUUCCUGCAGUGGUACGAGCAAGGCCUGAAGGGUGGCAGCAACAAGUCAGAGAUAUGGAAAAAGGUGAAGCCGUUCGUAGAAUGGCUUCAGAGUGCGGAGUCUGAAUCUGAUGAUGAAUAGAAAGCUCCUCGCUGUUUUUGUCUCAAGGUCUGGCGAAGGGAAACCCCUCUUCCUCUUUAGUACUGUCUCGUGUGUGCCUGGGCUUCCUUCUCCGACCUACUUUCGUUCAUGUGUUUGUGGGACUGGUCGCUUUGCUUCUACUACAUGCUUUGUUUCUGAGUCAUUAUGUUGGUGUUUGGUUGUCAGAAAACUAGUCCGGCGGUGGUUGGUUCUUUGUCUCGGCAACCGCCGAUAGUUCCUGUGGUGUGGUGUCUCUAGAAAUAAACAAAAAGCCUUAUUUCA